CUUUUUCCAUCACUUCCACCCUGACUUCAUUCUUAUCAUAUGUCAAUAUUUUAUGCACAUACUUGAUCCUCAGAGUCUGUAUUCGCUUCUCCUGCAUUAUAAUACAUGUUAGUUUUAAUAUAUCAUGUGUCACCUAGUAAUUCUAUUAGUCAAAAUUACUAAACAUUUAUGAAACAAAUAUGCACUUACAUUUCCUUUCUCAAGUCCACACUCCCAACCAGCAUCUCCAUUGAAGGUUUCCAUAUGUCUCAUCAGCUAUCAAUGAUGCUGAACUUUGCAUUCUUCAAAUCAAAGCACAUUAGAUGUUGUGUGCUCCUCAUCGGUGUAAUCGAUAUGAGGAAUUUUCGUUGUGCUUGGUUGGCAAAGCUUUUCCAACAUUUACAUUAUGAGGCUUCAAUUAUUCGUCAUACACCUGAACCACCGCCUCACUAUGGGAAGAAGAAAAUGCUCAAUUGGAUCUCAUUUUUCGGUGGUUGGUCAAACCGAUGAUUCAGAAAACUUCUAUACGACUGAGUUUCCUUUGUUAAGUUGGUUGCUGGUCAAACCAAUUCUUCUUUUCCGGUGGCUGAUGAAGCCGAUAUUUUUUAUUUAAUUUGUUCCCUUUCUAGUUUGGACAAUUUAUUUUAUUUCAAUUCCCUUUUGAGCAGCAAGUUCAGUAGUGUUGUUAGAUUAGUCUAUAUAAUUGCGGGAUUAGCGAAUCUGUUUGGUCCUUAUAGGCCAUUGGAUUCAAUGUCUCAUCUCAGUGUAACCUCGAACUAUUGUAUUGCUUUAUCUCUAACAAAAGAAGAAUUUCCUUUUUGUCAAAAAGAAGAAUUUGUUGGUUUUAUUGGGAUCAGAAACACCCUAUUCGGGGCCUAAUCCUUUUAUUAGACCCGAUUUGCCCGCACCACAUCAUGGUGCAAUCCCUCAUAUCCAUCCACUGCUUAGACCAUUUGGAGUGGUAUGAGAGUCUAAAUGUCAAAAAUGGACUCCGUCCAUAUGAAAACAGUGUUUUGACUCCUAUUUCUCUGCAUCCCAA